AUGGCAGCCACCGGUUUCAUGAUCCUGGAAGGUGACAAUUUGAGCAACAUAUUCCCCGGAGUCGUGUGUCAGAUUGGGGAGUACUUUUCUAUUGGAGGAAAACAGAGUUUUGUUAUCAUGGUUAGCCUUAUUAUAUUGCCAACUGUUUGGUUGAAGGAUUUGAGCCUACUUUCUGUCAUCUCUGGUGGAGGAGUGUUGGCUACUCUUAUUCUGCUUUGCUCCAUCUUUUGGAAUGGUGCAUUUGAUGGAAUUGGAUUUCAUGAGAAGGGAACUCUUGUGAAUUGGAAGGGUAUCCCUACUGCUAUUAGCCUGUUUUCACUGUCCUAUUGCGCUCAUCCUGUUUUUUCCCCAAUUUACACUUCCAUGAGCAACCGAAAACAGUACUCCAAGGUGAUGAUUGUGAGCUUUUUCUCCUGCACGGUGUUUUAUGCUUUAGUAGCCAUUCUAGGGUACCUAAUGUUUGGGUCAAAGGUGUUGUCGCAGAUAACACUGAACCUUCCAGUCAACAAAAUUAGUUCAAAAGUGGCAAUAUACACGACUCUGGUGAACCCCAUAGCCAAAUAUGCAUUGUUGAUAAUGCCAACGGUCAAUGCCCUGGAAGAUAAAUUGAUCCCUAACCGCACCCAAAGGUCGUUCAGCAUAUUUAUCAGGUCGUGUUUGGUGUUCAGCACCGUCAUCGUGGCCCUGGCCAUGCCGUUUUUCGGGGAAGUCAUGUCGCUUUCGGGAGCAUUUGUCAGUGUUACAUCUUCCAUAGUACUCCCUUGUCUGUGUUUCUUGAAGAUUUCUGGAAUUUAUGGGAGGUUUGGGUUGGAGCAGCUGCUUAUAGGUGGGAUAGUGUUAGUAGGUAUCCUUAGCGUGCUAACUGGAACCUACACUUCUUCGGUGGAAAUUGUAAGGCAUUAUUACCAUUUUUGACUGACCCCAGUAAUAACAUAUAGUACUACUCCUCCC